AUGAAACGCGACGAAUUAAAAGAGUAUGCUCGUCAAUGCAUAGCAGAGUUAUUUGGAACAAUGGUAUUAAUAUUCAUUGGAAAUGGAAGUGUUGCUCAAAAUAAAUUUACUGAUCCAGCAUCAAGAUCGACAUUAUCAAUUAAUAUUGCCUUUGGUAUUGGAGUUUAUGCUGGAAUUAUGGUAGCAGGUCAUAUAUCAGGAGCUCAUUUGAAUCCUGCUGUUUCAAUUGCAUUACUAACAUUGCGUAAAAUAAAUCCAAUACAAUGUUUAUUCUACAUUGUUGGUCAAAUGAUUGGAGCAUUCUUAGGUUGUCUAUUGGUAUUUAUAGUUUAUAUUAAUUUAUUCAAUAAUUUUGAUAAUGGUCACAGAGAAGUACUCGGUGAUAAACAGACAGCCGAUAUAUUUGUAACCUUUCCAAGUGAUGGUGUUGAAAAUUGGAAUGCCUUUUUGGAUCAAAUUGCAUCUACAGCAUUAUUACUUAUAUUUAUCAUGGCAGUUGGUAAUCAAAAAAAUCAAUCAAUGUCAAAAGCAGCAACACCAUUUGCAGUCGCAUUGAUUAUUAUAGCUCUUGGAACAGCAUAUGGAAAAAAUUGUGGUUAUCCAUUAAAUCCAGCACGUGAUUUUGGUUCUCGCUUGUUUGCAUUAUGUGUCUAUGGCGCAAAAAUAUUUCAAGUAAAACAAUAUUAUUUUUGGGUUCCAGUGUUUGGUCCGAUUAUUGGUGCAAUAUUUGGUGUAUGGAUUUACGAAGGUUACUCUAAGAUAACAAAUAUGGAUGGUAGAAGACAACAUGAACUAUCGACACCCACAGCAAAGUCACCAGUGUAUGAAACGCAAUUAUCAACGGAAAUUAAACGUUUAGUGGAGACGCCUCUCUAA